AUGCAAACGCACUGCGGGCGUAUUUUAGGGCAAAAGGGGAAGAAACUGGAUGUUUGGCGUAUCGGGCUCGGGUGCAUCGCUUUUUUUGCAGAGCUGGAGCCAUCUCUAUCCGUCACUGAGCAAAACCUGGCAGACCGAGUUCGGUAUAUCCUGCGCUCCAACAUAUUUGGUGACGCCGAACUCGAACGACUACGACGUGAGGCUAUUCCUUCAUCGAAUGGAAAUGCUACGGCUGGGAAUGCGGCGCCACUAGAUGCGCAACAAACUGCAUAUGUGGAUGCUGCCGUCAACAUUCCAUUUGUGGCUAAUUCAGACGAUGAUGGAAUAGUCUCCCACGAACUAGAGAAAAUGAGGAGCAUAUUGGAAGAGUCGAUGCUGGAAACGCGCAGCAUGCCUCUCGAAAAUCGACCGCGACUUCCCCCGCAUACCCCUUAG